AUGAAGUACGCUCUUCUGUCCCUUCUGGGGCUGAUGGCUCUCGCCCAGUCCAAGGAGCUGCAAGAUGUCUACACGCCGAAAGAUAUGCUCUCGACUCCUCGACCACAACCUGCUAUAGCUUCGCCCGAUGGUACUCACGCCGUAUCAGUGGUGGACCAGUGGGACCCAGAAGAUGAUAAAAUCCAUCGUUCAGUAUACCUCUUAUCCCUUAACACCACUCAUACCCUUCCUCCUUUAUCCUUAUUCAACACCAGCUCCGCUCAAGCCUCGCAAUUCCUGUGGCUCGACCAUGCCAACUUAGCUUAUCUAAACGGAUCUUCUCUACAUUCGUUGUCGAUCGAAUACAAUAUUACGAAACCACCAACAACGCCUGCUUCGUCUUCCAAGGAGAUCUUGACUUUCCCAGAAGGUGUUAAUCCCACUGGACUCCAAUUUGAACCCAAGAGCGGUUCGUUAGCAUUCUCAGGUCAGGUAUGGAAAGAGUCUGGUGAUUUCAAUCAGACCUCCAGGUAUGACAAAUCAUGGGACGAGCGAGGUGAUUCAGCUUGGGUAUAUGACGAAUUGUUCGUAAGACAUUGGGAUGAAUGGAGGGUACCAGGCAAAGUAUGGACUUUGGGUGCGAUCAAGCUCAGUCACGAUUCUGGGGUCUGGCAAGCAGAUCAUCAUGGAAAAGGAGCGAAGUUCGUCAAUCUCCUGAAAGAUACUGGACUGUACUCUCAAAUGGAUCCGAUCUCAUCAUUCACAAUCACUUCCAACACUAUCGCAGCAUCCAUCAAGAGUCCUCAUCUGAACUACGCAACGCAUACAAGAGAGGAUAUAUACCUUUUGUCACUGCCAGGUCAUAGCUUUUCUUCCUCACCCAAACAUCUCACCCCUCAUUCACACGGUGCCAUCAGCGCUCUUACUUUCUCUCCCGAUGGGAAGAAAUUAGCUUGGUUGGAGAUGAAGAAGGAUGGGUACGAGAGUGAUAAGAGGGUGAUUGUCGUGCAUGAGGAAGGUAAGGGCAUUAAGAGGUGGACGGAAGAUUGGGAUAGGAGUCCUAGCAGUCUGACUUGGUCGCUCGACUCCAACUCUCUGUACUUCACUGCAGAGCAUCACGGUCGUAUCCUUCCUUAUCAUCUUUCACAUCCCGAUCAUCUCCCUACUCCGCUAUACUUCAAUGGAUCAACCACUUCCGUCACCCCUUUAACGGACCGAACAAUUCUAUUAUCUCAACAAUCGCUCACCUCUCCGUCGGACGACUUCAUCCUCACCCUCCCCGAGCCCAAGAAGAAGCAUGGCAAAACCUUAGGAUUCGCAUCGGAUGGAGGGGAUAAAGAUGGUGAUAAGUUACCUCAUGAUUCCCUAAGAAGGCUCACAGCAUGGUCCGUGAGGUUCAUCAAAGAUAGACUGGAGGGUCUGGAAGGGGAAGAAUUCUGGUUCGAGGGUGCCGAAGGGAAAGAGGUGAUGGGAUGGGCAGUGAAACCUAGAGGAUGGGAAGAAGGACAGAAGAGGACCUGGCCGUUGGUAAGUUUGCUGCCUGUCAUGCGUUGUGUGAAAUGCAGAGUAGCUGACGAUGCUGGUCUCAGUGGUGGCCCUCAAGGUGCAUGGGAAGACUCGUGGUCUACUCGAUGGAACCCCGCUGUAUUUGCUUCUCAAGGGUACUUUGUGAUUGCUAUCAAUCCUACUGGAUCUACGGGCUACGGGCAGGACUUUACCGAUGCGAUACAAUGCGAUUGGGGAGGAAAACCAUUUAAAGACCUUUUAGCAGGAUAUCAAGCUGCUUUGGCCAAGUACCCCGAGAUCGAUCCCGAUCGUACGGCCGCUCUUGGUGCUUCCUACGGUGGAUAUAUGAUAAAUUGGAUUAACGGCCAUAACGAUCAUUUUGGAUUUAAAGCACUUGUAUGCCACGAUGGUGUAUUUGAUACUGUUACUACUUAUUUCUCGACUGAGGAGGUCUGGUUCCCUACCCAGGAUUUCGCUGGUACGCCCUUGACACAUCGCGCUAAUUACGAGAGGUGGAGUCCGGUCAACCAUGCUAUCGAAUGGACGACACCCGAAUUAGUCAUCCAAGGAGGUAAAGACUAUCGCUUGGAGAAUUCUCAAGGCUUGGGUGCUUUUACUGCUCUUCAAACUCAAGGUGUUCCAAGUAGAUUUGUAUACUUCCCUGACGAAAAUCAUUGGGUACUCAAACCACACAACUCGCUCAAAUGGCAUCACGAGGUGUUCAAGUGGCUACAUGAAUGGGUAGGCAGAGCUCAUGACGAUAGCGAAGUAUCUGAGCAGGACAUUAUGAGACCAAAGUUCAUCAUUCAAGCGUAG